UUAUGAGAAAAAAUUGUUUGGUACCUGUAAUUUUUGGUACUCAUCAUGCUUCCUAGAACCAAUUAAUGGUGAGGACCAAGGUACAGUGUACAGUAAAAUACACUUUUUGGUAAGGAGUUAGGAAACCAGGAUAACAUGAACAUAUACUAAAAGCACAUACAAUGGAUGGUAUUGGGGAAAAAUUAUGUUGCUUUCGGUAAAAUUCUUUUGAGAACUUUGAAAAUAGGGUGAUACAAUUGAAAAUGUUCUUCUGUCAUCACUGCUUCUCUUUCUUUAGGUAUUGCUGAGACACAGGACAGGAUUUUCACUUUCUGGAACUAGUCAAUGGAAAGAACAUUUUCUACAGUGCCACCAACACUUCCACUUAUUUCCAUAAACAUUUUUAUGUGACCUAGAAAGAAAAAUUGGUCACUGUCAUUUUGUAAAUAACAUCAAUUGGAGGUAUUUUGAUGGAAAAAAUUGUUAUCUUCUGUCAUGCAAAAUAAGAAUCUUUGUACAGAACUAAAAAUAUAAAGGCAAGCAGAAAAGAAUACAAAGAAAAUUGAGUCACUCUGUGGACAUUAGCCAUUACAACUGUAUGGAACACAAACUGCUAUUCAACAUCCACUGUUCUACAGACUUCUUACAUUAUUUAGAAUCCUCAAAACUACCAAUUAAAAAUAAUCAUUGAAAAGAACACACAAAAAUACACAGUCAUUCGAUAUUAUUAUUCCAUUUUUUUCUUAUUUCUUAUUUUUUUCUUAUUUUCUUAUUCCUUAUUUUUCUUAUUUCCUGCCCCUGUUAUCAGUUUUUCCCAGGAUUCUUUUCUUGGUUGUUAGGUUUAGCCAAACUCAGUUCCAUGUUUCAUGCCAUCUGUGUUUCUUUUUCUGUAGAUAGAAAGAGCUUCAUAUUGAGUAAGAUACUUCCAAAUAUUUUGUGUUUGAAUAUUUUUCUUGAGAUUUGUAACAUCUGAUCCAGAUAGAGGGAAGUGGGGAAGAUGUUUUAGAGAGAGAGAAGCCAGGCUUGUGAAAAAGGAGGAACAAACCUACAGCAAAACUGCUUACGAAACUAAGUUUUUCUGUCUACAUUUCAAACUACCAGUACGCCAGUCCAGUACUUCUUCACAGAGAGGAAACAAAAACAGCCAAACAGAAUGUGCAGCCAGUUCAUUUCUUCAGCCAAACUGCUGGUUCUGAGCCUUAAGCAGUUUUCCAGCUCGGAGGUCUACCUAAUUGGAAGAAUAACUCUUUCCACAAGUAGUUAACCUAAACGCCAGGAUUUUCUUGUGCACCUUUUUUUUUCAAGGUCUCUGCCAAAUGAAACCCAGCAGAUAACCAGUGAAAAGGCCUUUCCAGCAUUACUUUUAUGCUUUUUUAAACUGAUUCCUGCUUAAACCAUGAAUGGAAGUAUCAACGCUUCCAACUGGAUAUCCGUCUCUGGGCAAUGCCCCCGAGAUACCAGGACAUCUCAUGUUGUAUUUCCAAUUUUGUACAGCAUUCUUUUCCUUGUGGGAUUUCUACUGAACAGUGUGGCUAUAGUUGCUUUUUCUCAGAUUCCAACCACUUCAAGUUUCAUUGUGUAUCUUAAGAACACCGUGGUUUCCGAUUCCAUCAUGACUCUCAUGCUGCCUUUCAAGAUUCUCACAGACUCAGAAAUAGGGUUCUGGGAACUUAAAACAUUUGUUUGUCGUUUUUCAGCUGUAAUAUUUUACCAGACCAUGUAUAUAAGCAUUGUGCUGCUUGGACUUAUUUCCUUAGAUAGGUUUCUCAAGAUCAUUCAGCCCUUUGGGAAGUUCUGGUUGCAUAAGAUCACUUCAGCUAAAGUGAUUUCAUGGUCUGUCUGGCUCUUUUUCUUCAUCCUCUCCCUGCCCAAUGUGAUUUUGACAGACCGUGAGGCUACCUCUCUCCCAGUGAGGAAAUGUGCUUCGUUGAAAAGUGACUUGGGACUGAAAUGGCAUGAAGCUGUCAAUUACAUCUGUCAAAUCAUCUUCUAUACCGUGCUGACUUUGAUGCUUCUAUUUUAUGUAAUUAUUGCUAAAAAGAUUUAUAGCUCUUAUAAAAGAACCAAGAUAGCAGACUGUAAAAUUAAACAAAGAGCCAAAAGUAAGGUGUUUAUAAUUGUAGCUGUUUUUUUCAUCUGUUUUGCCCCUUAUCAUUUUGUUCGGGUACCUUAUACUCUUAGCCAAAGUGGCCAAAGUAUGAAUUGUGCUAAACAGAAUCAAUUAUUCAUAGGCAAAGAAACCACUCUCUGGUUAGCUACUGCAAAUAUAUGUAUGGAUCCGUUAAUAUAUGUGUUCUUAUGCCGGAAAUUUAUAGAAAAAGUGUUUUGUUUUAAAUUACAAAAAUCCAGUUUUCCAAUUCAAGAAAGUCCAACCCUGGCAUUGGAUACUGGAAUAUCUACAUAGAUGUUCUAUUUUCAGUAAAUAAGUCUUGGAAACUGUUUUUAAAUGCCAAUUGUAGGUUAUUAAUAGAAAAAGAUUAAAUAACGUUCCUUUAUGCUUGGCUAAUAUGUCAUACUUGAGUUGUGUAUUUUUUAUGUGGGAAAAUAGAACAAUGCUUGUUAUCUGCAGGUAUAUCAGAAGGAAGAUCACAGUGCUGUUAUCAUAGUACAUUUCUUUGAGAAACAGAUUUUUUUCUUAAACUGGAAAAUAGAGACUAGCUUUGUUUAGUGCCAAACAUUGCUCCACAACAGAAUACAGAUCUGUACUCCAAAGCUUUGGUCAGGGGUGUCAAACUCAAAUUUCAUUGAGGGCUGCAUCAGGGUUGUGUUUGACCUCAGAGGCGGUGGAGGGGGCAUGGCCAGGGUGGGAAUGGCCAGCUCAAUACCACUCAUGUCCAGGGAACCUGUGGUGGCCUGAGCGCUCUGCCAGAGAAAACAGGCUCCCAAGCUCUGUUUUUGGCUGUGAUGGUCUCUUGCAACUCUUUGCCAUAUGCGGCCCACCUGAGCUCUGUUUUCGCUGGCAGAGGCACAGCAGGCCACUCCUUCACUGUUUCCAGGGUGGCCCUACGGACCAGAUCUAAACACCCCAUGGGCUGGAUCUCGCCCACGUGCCUUGAAUUUGACACUCCUGCUUUAGGCUGUGUACUUUCUUUGACCAUUUUGGUUAGUACCAAUUCAUUCAUAUUAAAUGGGAUUUUGACUGGGAUUUUUUUUUAAUGUAAUCAUUUUGGUAGCAGAUAAAUAUUUCAGUAUUCUCCCAAGCUUUUAAAAAAUAAUUGUCCUACUAUUCUGUAUUAGUACACAUUGCAUUACGUCUUAUGAUAUUAUGUAAACCAUCUAGAGAAUGGUGUUUCUGAGUAAACUAAAUAAAUGUUGGAAAUAGAUACA